UUAAAAAGUUUAAUAGUAAGUUGAAAAAUGAACUCAAACUUUUAAUUUUUUCACUAAUAUAUGUAUAUUUUAAUCUUGUCUUCCAAUUGCUAGUUUUUCCCUGCAGAGAAAAUAAAGGACUUGCACCAUGUCAUCUGCUCUUUUUGGCAGUGCUGCUAGGGCUUCCAGCAAGAACCUUGUUGAGUUCAGAGCUGGAAAAAUGCACCUCAAAGGCAAAAUUGUUCAUCCUGACAAGAGGAAGGGCUUGCUGUUCAUUUACCAGUCAGAUGACUCCCUCAUGCACUUCUGUUGGAAGGAUCGCACCACUGGCUCAGUUGAAGAAGACCUGAUUAUCUUCCCUGAUGAUGUUGAUUACCGGCGAUGCAGCGCCUGCACGACUGGGCGCGUUUAUGUCCUCAGAUUUCGGUCCACCAACCGACGCAUUUUCUUCUGGAUGCAGGACAAACUUUGGCCCAAUANUCUCAACAACCCCCCCACCCCUGGCUCCCACUCAGCGUCCUCGCGCUCUGGUGGUGGUGUGAGCAGCGGGGGUGGUGGUUCAGGUAGCAGCAACAUGCUUAACAACCUACGCGACGCUGAUCUGGCCAACAUCAUCGGCAACAUUUCCCAGCAACAGCUCAUGCAAAUCCUGGGCAGCGGCGUGCCGAACCUCAGCUCCCUGGUCGCGCCCACUUCUGGCAGUCGCAGCAGUAACACCACUUCGGUGACCCCCACGACUGCCUCCACCCCCACAACAGCCACCACUCCACCACCAGCCACCACCACCGCCUCCUCUGCGGGCCAAGGAACUGGCGGAGAGUCGUCACCUGCUGCAGCUUCUUCCUCUUCCAGUGACAAACAAGGGCCAAUACAACUGGCGGACCUUAAGAACCUCCUUCCCCCCACUUCCGACCCCCUUCCCCCCGCUGACCAGCUCAGAGGCACCGUUACAUCACCGCAGUUCAAGCAGGCGGUGAGCGUGUUCUCGCACGCGCUGCAGUCGGGGCAGCUGGGGCCGCUCGUCAAGCAGUUCGGUCUCGGGGACGAGGCCGUGGUCGCCGCCGUCGCGGCCGACAUGGAAGCCUUCAUCCUGGCUCUUGGCAAGAAUAACAAAGAGGAUGGGAGCGGCGAGAAACAAGAUAAUAAGACAACCGAUGAUGACGAUGACGACAAGAUGGCUGUUGACUAACUCACCUUCACUUGAUGCCUACCCAGUAGUAUCUCCAUUUUCAUCGAGGGUUUAUCUUGUUCCGAGUAACAUAAUUUAAUUUUUGGCCGCUGAUUAGUAGCGAAAUAUUGAUUAUUUUCGUCGUUUUCAAUUUUAGCCAUUAACGUUAAUAAACGUUAUUCUUUUUUGCCCAAUGUUUUGUUCCGUUUGACUACUUUUAGGUUGGAUUAAACUAGAAUGUUGAUAUUAAUCGCUAAUCGUUGACAUAAGUAAAAAAAUAUGCCUGUAAUUCAGGCGAUUGAUUCAAAAUCUGGAAUGUUUAGUUUGUUCGUUCGUUUGGUGAGACGCCUGCACUGACUAUAUAUGCAUGAGAUACGCAUAAAAGCUACAAAGAUC